AUGUCAGUUGCUGAUAGCUACCCUGAAGCUAGCAUGGCUACUCACCCCUUCUUCCCUCCUGAUCUGGAGCUGCCCGGUUACGUGGCGAACCCAACUUCAGUACCGAUUCUCCUCGCCUUGUUCGCGGCCGGCGUGGGUUUCGUCUUUUCGGCUACCGUCAUCUUGGCGCGUGCAGUUCAGGCCAGCAUAUCCAAGGGCAAGCUGUAUACAGCUAUGUGGUUUAUGCUAUGUGGUUGCAUCCACCUUUUCUUUGAAGGCUACUUCGCCUAUCACAACGCCGAGAUGCCCGCACGGAUCGACGUCUUUGGGCAGCUGUGGAAGGAGUACUCCAAGUCGGACCACCGCUACCUGACACGCGACGCCUUUACCGUCUGUAUGGAGACGGUGACGGCGGUCGCCUGGGGCCCGCUUUCGUUUCUCAUCGGCUGGCUCACCAUCAAGGACCACCCCCUCCGUUACCCGCUGCAACUCAUUGUCAGCCUCGGCCAGUUCUACGGCGACGUUCUCUACAUGGGGAUCUUCUUCUUCGACGAGGCCGUCCACGGGGCUGUCUUCUGCCGGCCCGAGCGGUUUUACUUCUGGGUCUACUACGUCAUGAUGAACGGGUUCUGGUUCGUCAUCCCGGGAUGGUUGAUUUUUGAGGCCGUUGUUGAGUGCACCAAAGCGCUGCGACUGGCGCAGGAGGUUGGAAAGCGGGCAUCGCCAAAGUCGCAAUGA